UGUUGUAGUCGAUUCAUAGCUAUGAUCCGUAUCCUAUUUCGGGUUUCCUGGUAGGAUUAGGGUUUUGGGAAAGAACCAAAUACAUUUAUUUUUGCUAGUCUUUUCUGAAAAGAAACAGUUUCGUAUGAUUAGGGCAUUUAGAGUACAGUGUAACUCUGGUAUUACGACUCAGUUAACUUAUACAGGGUGGUGGAAACAAAGCGCUGAUUUUAUUUGUGAAGGGAAUCGGUUAGUCAGCUAGCUUUAGCUUUUAGCCUGCACUGUUGGACAUGUCUGCCUCGGCCGGUGCCUCUCCGUCAGCCCAGGCCACGGCCCUGGUCAGUCCAGGCACGGGGAUGUCUAUGUUUCGGUGGCUUGAGGUUCUGGAGAAGGAGUUUGACAAGGCGUUUGUUGACGUCGAUUUACUACUUGGAGAAAUCGACCCAGAUCAAGCUGACAUCACAUACGAGGGUCGUCAAAAGAUGACAAGUCUCAGCUCCUGUUUUGCUCAGCUUUGCCACAAAGCCCAGACGAUUUUUCAACUUAAUCACAAAGUAGAGGCUCAGCUGGUGGACCUGCGUUCGGAGCUGACUGACGUGCAGGCGGAGAAGGUGGUGGUGGAGAGGGAGGUCCACGACCAGCUUCUCCACCUUCAUGCCAUGCAGCUGCAGCUUCAUGCCAAGGCUGGACAGACUGUGGACUCUGACUCCAUCAAAGACAGGAUGCCUGUUCCCUCAGUGGAGGAGAUGGAGAGGGAGCUGCAGGCCAACAAGAAGGAGAAGGUGAAGGAGGUGAAGCUGGAGGCAGAGGUCAAGCUGCAUAAGAAGGAGAAUGAGGCCCUCCGUAGGCACGUCGCUGUACUGCAGGCUGAGGUCUAUGGGGCCAGAUUGGCAGCCAAGUACCUGGACAAGGAGCUGGCUGGAAGAGUACAGCAGAUUCAGCUGCUUGGUCGGGACAUGAAGGGGCCCGCUCACGACAAGCUGUGGAACCAGCUGGAGGCUGAGAUCCACCUCCACCGCCACAAAACAGUUAUCCGGGCCUGCAGGGGGCGCAACGACCCCAAGAAACCCCUAGCGUCUCCAGUGGGGCAUGAAACAGAUAUACUGAAGAAGACCCAAGGAGUUGGUCCUAUUCGUAAAGUAGUGUUGGCCAAAGAAGAUCACGAGGGACUUGGAAUUUCAAUCACGGGUGGUAAGGAACACGGGGUGCCCAUCCUGAUCUCAGAGAUCCAUCCUACCCAGCCUGCGGAGCGCUGUGGGGGGCUCCAUGUGGGCGAUGCCAUCCUGGCUGUCAACAGCAUCAACCUGAGGGACGCCAAACACAAGGAGGCUGUCACCAUCCUCUCACAACAGAGGGGAGAGAUAGAGUUUGAGGUGGUGUACGUGGCCCCGGAGGUGGACUCUGACGAUGAGAACGUGGAGUAUGAGGAUGACAGCGGCCAUCGCUACCGGCUCUACCUGGAUGAGCUGGAGGAGGGGUCAGCCACCAGCAGGGACAAUGGCACAGCAGACACAGCAUCACUACAAGCCCUGGAAAAGAUGUCCGUGGGUGACGGCCCAGAGAACCGAGACACAGGGAUCUUCAGUGAGACGCCAUCGGAGGAGACCCCGUCUAAGACUGCUGUGUCCGGAAAGAGCACCUCCUAGAGAGGCGGGGAGGAUCUGGAGGAAUGGGGGGGAGGGGUGAUGGGGGGUGCAGAGGAGGGAGAAGAGCUGAAAGACUGGGCUGCACAUGUAUUUUUGUACUAUACUGUAUGAGAUUUAAGAGACUGGACAGCAUCAGAGUCCACUGGAGGAUGUAUGAGGGGAGAAAUGGGGAUAAAGUCGACUCCUCAUUAAGUCGUCAUGGAAACGCACUCAAAGCUCUGUUGAAUUCAUGUUACUAUCUUUGUGCAACGGUGAGGAACCAAUGAGAGAAGACCACAGAUUGAGGAGAAGAUAUGGGUCUAGAUGAUUGAAUGGAUGGACUGAGUGGUAUUUUUCUGUGUGUAUAGUUACUGAUCCUAUUUGCCCCCACAUUAAGACUACACUUCCUUACUGUGAGACUGCCCUGCUGGUAAUGAAUACUGUUUUACUAGGCUGAGGAAAUCUUCUCCCUUCAUAAAUGUUGGCUUUUAUUUAUCUCUUACACAUGUAGCUUGUGUAGAGGGGUUUCCCUCAACUGUAAUGUUCAUCUUCUACCACUGAUUAUGAUCUCAAUGUUUAUUCCCAAACCUGCACCGCUCUAAGAUCCACCUACUAGUAGGCUUAGCCCUCAAGUGUUCAGAAUAUAGAACAGCCACAUUCACCUACUGGAUGUCAAAACAGAAUGUACAGUCAGGGAAAGACUUGUCAGAAUUCAAAGGAUUUCAACUAUUAGGGUGUUCCAUCUGUGAUCAAUGUAUCACAGUCCUCAUUACACAACAUUUUCAUUUAAAGAUGGGGCACUCUGAGCAAUGCAUCUUGUGUGCUACCUCAUUGUCUUCAUACUGUUCACUGACUGAUGUUCUCUGAAAACAAGAUAUGUAUGACAAAGUUACUGGUAUCUCUGGAAGUAUUUCUUUCACAAAUAUAUAUAUUACCACAAGCUCCGUUGCCAGAAUUUAGAAGUGCAAUAUCUUUAAUCUCAACUAGGGUUUCUCCUUUACCGCCUUUGUUCUUGUCCCUUUUCACGCAAGGUACAUAUCUUGCUUGUCCCCGAAGUCCUUCGCUGUAUUGUUUUCCCACCCUUCUCUAUUACUGGUGUGCUGUGAUCUUGUAUCAGUGGCUGUGUUUUCAGACUCGUUAGGACCCAAAGAUGACUGACCGCAGCGUGUCGGCUGCACUGUGUUCUGAUAUUAAGAGCUGUCAGAUGGUUAUCAACCUGUCUGAGGGAUGGGAGUUUCCAGCUUUAAUCUAUGAAUUUUACACAAACAAAAGGUUUGUGUACAUGCAAACAGGUUUUUAUGCACUGAAGAUCAAUUUAAAAAAUAAAAUCCACACUCAUCUUUGAAACUAUAGAAAGUUCUGUGUAUACUAUAUAAAUGUAUUAGCUGUUUUAAAACAUGAAAUCAGUGCAUUUCUGUAGAUCAUAUUGGAAUUUAGCUACUGUAGUAGCUAGCAUCUCUACUGUACUCAUUACAAAUGUACCCCCAUAGAGGGACUGAGGGGUUGAGGUGGUCAUGACAACCUGCAGCCUUGUGUUCCAAUCUUGACCUCAUUCAUAGCUAAUCUGCAGUACUGUUUAUUUAAUUUUUUAUCUACACUAAUCAAAAAUGUAAAUGCAACAUGUAAAGUGUUGGUCCCAUGUUUCAUGAGCUGAAAUAAAAUAUCCUCAAAGUUUUC